AUGAAGCUUGCGGCCGACAUCCCAACGGCAGCUCCUCACGCCAAUGUCAUCUUUGUCAAUUGCAUUCCCAACAACUUGACUGCAGGGGACUUCAUCGAGAUCAAUAACACCGUGUACCAAAUAGAGUCGUUGGAAAUCAUACUUGAGAUUGUCACUAGUCGCCGCUUGCUUGAGACUGUCGUCGUUGCUGGUAUCCCGGAUGGCUCGGUUGCGAUUAAGCUCACGGCGGACGUGACCGAACCCGCGGGACAGGGGGUGGCCGUGACCACCGUGACAGCGCCUCCGUCGCCCCCGCAUCUUCACUUUGCGCACGGCGGCCGCGCAGACUUCCGCGGCGAGGACGGCCGCUACUACAGCUUUUUCUCCGCACCCAAUCUUGCUGUCAACGUCAAGACGGAGGACGCCGUGUUCGAAAUGCACAGGAAGCUCGGGCACACCCUGACCGUGCACGGAAGCUUCAUCACCGAGGUCGACAUGGCGAGUGCUUAUUUUUCUCUGCCCCGAUGGAGCCUUCAUGUCCGUGGCAAUCAUGUGUACGGCCACAUUUCCGGCCCUCUACACAGAUUGGACGUCUCAUUUCACGCGAAGGACAACGCGGCCUCGCGGUCCCUCCCGCAUGGCCUUGUCGGCCAGUCGUUCUCCUCGACAGCUUCCCGCUGGGGCAACGUCGACGAGUACCCAGCUGAGGGCCACUUCACCACCGCUGCUAUGGCUGAGGGUGCAAUCGAGGGCGAGGCCGCCAUGUACGAGGUGGCCGCUGCAGACGCCACGUCGUUUGCCUUCUCGCGCUUCGAUGCGCAAGAGAUCACUGGCCCGGUUGACUUGCGACUUGCCAGCGCCGUUGACGCCACGUCCACGGAUGAGGCGUUUACCAGCACAUAG